AUGGUUGCAUUGAAGAAACUAUUCCAGACCGACAAGUCUAUCUCUCGUCCAGCAACCAGUCUUGGACUCGAGGGUUGUGGCAUAGAACCCUAUUUUCAUACGGUUGACUCGCCUACACGAAGUCAUUAUGAGGGGUUCCCGUCCAGAAAUUCGCAGACUCUAGAUGUGGAUCAUCAUUUUGAUCAGAUUGAGAAGCAAUUCGAAGAUCUACAUGAUCGACUGGCACGGUCGACAUCUUCUCAAUCCCAAUUACGGCCUCUUACUACUCAUUUUGCACCUUCCAAACCUCAAAAUGGCCGGCAUAUCGACUUGAUGGAUGCUCUGUUCUCUACGGAAGGCAAUCAGACAAUCACCCCAGAACCUCUUUCUCCUCCUCUCAGCCUAUACAAUGAAGACGUUGCGGAACGAAACAUGACCCGGUUUCUACGGAUCCAAUACCGGAAUGGACUCGCCAGCUCGGGUCUACUUUCCGCUCUAUACCAAGAGGAUGUGGCUGAUAGAAAUAUUGCGAAAUAUAGCAGCCCUGGUCGCUCUUUGUCUCACUUAAGUUCUCGGUCAUCGCCAGCUGCGCCUGGCAGAGUACGGAUCCCAGAAGGCCAACGGCGCAAAGCCAGGAAGCGGGAUCCAGGGAAGCCUACUUGGGCCUCGGCCGAAAAUCUACGGACAAAGCUCUCUCCAGAUGAUGGCUCGGGCACUUCAUCUCCACGAUCUCAGUCCCAUAUUGGCAACUAUCUUAAAAUUCAGAGAUCUUCGCCGAGCCUCUCUGCAGACGAAGACUUUGUCCCACAGGAAGAUGCACCUCCAUCUCCUGUUCAGCGCUUGGGGGUCCCUCCUGCACAUAAACAGGGCAAAAGGUGGAGCAACACUCCUUUGCCUGAUAGCCCUACAAUUCCUACGCCCAUGGGUAGUGACAACACCACCGAGGCUUCUUCGGUACCACGACCACCUGCUAUAAUAGCGCGCCGGACACAAGGUUCGCUCCCUCCACCACAGCUAUCAGAGCCAGUCUCCAAAAAGAAUGCGCGAGGACUCUCGAUCAAUACACAAUUAGCUGCAAAAGGACGCCCUAAAAUUGGGCAUCGUGCCAUCCAGCCGCCAACGCCGUCAACCUGCGAUCUAAAACAGGCUCCCAGCAUCGCAGAAGUAAUGAACAGUCCUCUACCAGUUCCCAGCCCAAUCAGCCCCCCAAGAUCAUCCUCACGCUUCAAAGCCUCGGACAUGAUGGACUUUUUCAGCAAGGCUUAUAAGGCCGCCCAAGGCUCCCAGCCAACCCACGAGACACUACAGGACACUAUAGUCCGCGAGGUCAAUUCCCACGAGGCAUUCCGUCGAGUCCCAGUCCCAGCCCCAGGGCCUCCAUUCACACCCUCGCCAGAGCAAGACGAGUUCAGCAACAGUUCCAGACCAGCAACCGCACUCCACCGAAGCAUCUCAGCGAAGAACCGUCUCAUGAGCAGAAACUCGUUCAAACACAAGAGAGCCCCCGAAACCCGCCGUAGCAUCUCAACCAGCGUCGGCUACGACCGCCUCCUCCGAAGAGUCUCUGGCUCCCACGCUCCCCGUCGACACACCGACGCCCCAGCCCCCACCCCAGAAUUCUUAGCCGAAUUCCAACAUGACAAGGAGCCCAUAAUCACCCGCCCUGGAUCGGGAGAGCCAAUCACGUACAUGGACGUGCUGAACGCAAGCAGCGAACAGCGACCUAUCUCAACCGGCGGCUGCACAAGCCCCUCCGUAUCUCGCCAACGAGGACGCUCGGAAUCCAUUGGUAACCUCGCCGCCAUGCCCUGCUCAACUCCCGAUGUGCCAUUUGCACCCGGGACAGUCUACUGCAUGCAAGCUCACUCAGCUCCUUCGAGUGAUGCCUCAAAUGACGAUAGCGACGAUGAUAUCAUUCAUCUCCCCAACCUGAGUGCGCCGCCGCGUGUGCAGAUCGAAGGCGUCGAUGAGAAUAACAUCCGCUAUGUCAUUGAUGCUGCUUCCGCGGAUGAGGCGCAGAAACUCAUGUACUGGCCUCAGCAGAUCCGUCGCGGUGGUGCCUCUAAUCCUUACGGGAAUAGUCUGUCGCCGCUGUCUCGUGCUCGUAUGCAGCUUCGUGGUUCGCGCUCCGUUGAAACUUACUAG